CGUGGGGUUUGGUGACGUAGAGCGCAUGUCGUCCGCAGUUCGCGCGAGGCCUGCUACCAGAGGAAGAAAGCGCUUUCAAUACAGUGAGGUGACGGUCAUGUUAUCGAGACAAGCAGCAGAAUAAGCUCUAUUAAUAAUCGAUAGAGCCUUCGACAAAUCGUUUCUGAAGAGUCCUGGUAUUUACGUGGCAUUUAGGAUAGACGGAGUGUUUAUAUUUCAGUCGUAGCAGGUUUGUAAAAGUCUGCCUUGUUCGGAUGCUCACACAUCGGCUUUACCAUGAACAAAAAUAAGAGAGAAAAAGAGUUCUACAGCGUAGAUGUGGGUGAUUCAACAUUCACAGUGUUGAAGCGGUAUCAGAAUCUAAGACCCAUUGGCUCGGGUGCUCAGGGAAUAGUCUGCUCAGCAUAUGACCACAACCUUGAGCGAAAUGUUGCUAUAAAGAAACUCAGCCGCCCUUUUCAGAAUCAGACUCAUGCCAAACGCGCAUACAGAGAGCUGGUGCUCAUGAAGUAUGUCAACCAUAAAAACAUAAUAGGUCUGUUAAAUGUUUUUACAUCACAAAAAACAUUCGACGAAUUCCAAGAUGUUUACCUAGUAAUGGAGCUGAUGGAUGCCAACCUCUGCCAAGUCAUUCAGAUGGAGCUGGACCACGAGCGGCUGUCCUAUUUGCUGUACCAGAUGCUGUGCGGAAUAAAACACCUCCACUCGGCGGGGAUCAUCCACAGGGAUCUGAAACCCAGUAACAUUGUGGUAAAGUCAGACUGUACCCUGAAGAUCCUGGAUUUCGGUCUGGCCAGGACAGCAGCUAUAGGUCUGCUGAUGACACCAUAUGUGGUGACGCGUUACUACAGGGCCCCUGAAGUCAUCCUGGGAAUGGGAUAUCAAGCCAAUGUGGACAUUUGGUCUGUGGGCUGCAUUUUGGCAGAAAUGGUCCGUCACAAAAUCCUUUUUCCUGGGAGGGACUAUAUUGAUCAGUGGAACAAAGUCAUAGAGCAGCUGGGAACACCAUCCCAGGAAUUCAUGAUGAAACUCAACCAGUCUGUGCGGACCUAUGUUGAGAACAGGCCGCGUUACACUGGAUACAGCUUUGAGAAGCUCUUUCCUGACGUCCUGUUCCCUGCUGAUUCAGAACACAACAAACUGAAAGCAAGCCAGGCGCGGGACCUGCUGUCUAAAAUGCUGGUGAUAGAUGCAUCCAAGCGAAUCUCUGUGGAAGAAGCUCUGCAGCACCCCUACAUUAACGUGUGGUACGAUCCAGCUGAAGUGGAAGCGCCACCUCCUCUAAUCACAGACAAACAGCUCGAGGAGAGGGAACACACAGUGGAGGAGUGGAAAGAGCUGAUCUAUAAAGAAGUCCUGGAUUGGGAAGAAUGGAUGAAAAACGGUGCCAUUCGAGGUCAGCCUUCUCCUUUAGGUGCAGCAGUGAUCAACGGCUCACCCCAGCCCUCCUCCUCUUCCUCCACCAAUGACGUCUCCUCCAUGUCCACAGAGCCCACCGUGGCCUCAGACACAGACAGCAGCCUUGAGGCCUCCGCGGGACCCCUGAGCUGCUGCAGAUGACUAUCACCUUCCCCUGGAGUUUCUCUGUGUGUGGCAUGGUAUCAGAUUUAGGCCUGUCUAAUACUUGAUUUCGGGUCGGGUGUGGCUUUUUUGAGUUCCGCUUUAGAUGCUGUAAAUGACUACACACUUUGAUCUUUUUAGCAGCAGCCCUAAUAGGCUUAGCCAAUGAUAGUGAACUCCUUAACAAAUCUCUUCUUUUAUAAGCUACGUUUAGGGUAUUUUGUCAAGUUGUCGUAGAGGGUUUUUGGAAGGUAAUCUGUAAAGAUUGAAUUGUGAAUAUAUUUUCUCAAAUUACAUUUUUCCUGGUCAAUAUAUAAUUUUCUUGCUCAUUUUCGAUAUGGAAAUCUUUAGAAACAAGUCCAUAUUAGUACUUUUAAAUGGACAUACCAGUAUUGCACAAAUUAAUAUCAGCAUAGUUAUUUAAGUUCAUUUUGACAUAACCUGUCUGAGGUGUUUUUUUCUGGGUCAUAUUUUCUGUCAUUGAUUCACACCUUUUA